CACGCACGCACGCACACGCACACGCAAACGCACAAGCACCCGCGAUCUUGCUCUAAACUCCUCCUGUUCGCCUCUCGUCUUCCAAUUGUCCAUCUCCAUCCUCAUCGCCGUGGCUCCCACCCUAGCAGACCCCCAUUUCGAUGAGUGUGCUUCAUUUUAAAGACGCCCGAUCUUUCUAGCCUUCUGCUGCUCUUCCCUCUGCUCUCCUCCCUCUCGCUCUCCUCUCUCGACCCGCCUCUUCUCACCGCCCGCUCGUCCACUCUGCUCUGCUCCAUUCGUCUCGCCUGACUUCCGGACGGGCAAGCAUUCCGUCCUACGGCCAACCCAGCAAUAAUCUCCCCCAGAGCCACGCUACCCUGGAGGUGCCUCACCCCUUCAAUAUUCGACGACGGCCGUACGUGCAUGUAAUCCGUAACCACCGUCAUCUCACGCAAAGGGACCGACGGAACACGGCCAUAGACAUCGCUGCUGCCCGCUAGUCUCUCUGCUGGACGCUUUGCUGUGUGUGUGUGCGUAGUUUUGCUCUGCGCCGUGCGAUUGAUUAGGUCAAGCGUGGACGCGGAAAACGUCCCAAGGGCCCCCCCCCCCGUCUGCCCUCGACUCUGCUUGCUUUGCUGGUCCUUACCUUAAAACCUAGCCACCCAAGCUUUUUUUUGAAGCUUCCGCUCUCUCUCCAUCACCCACGAGCACCCUCUACUCGAUCCCUCGCUCUCGCCCUCCUACAGGCGCGACGUGACACGCUCGCGCCUAGCACGCUUGUUGGACGGGCAAAUAGAAAAAAACCCCUUCCCCCCCUUUUUCCCCCCGAGCCUGAAAUCCUGCCUACCACGUCGCAGUACAGGGCUGCUUCUCUGCCAUCACGCGCCAUCUGCUUGGAAGACCAACCUCGAAUGCGCCUCCAGGCCCUGCCGGCAUAGCAACCAACACGACUCGACGCCCUUUUCUCCCCGACCUUGUCCUCCCUCAGCACGGUUCGAACAGUCUCCAGAUAUGAACAGUCAUCCUCAGCACGAGAGCAUGUACUUCGACAACCCACAGCGGUCGCCGGGCUCCCACCGCCACGCUUCCGCCACGCUCCAUCGCCAGCCGUCCGGACGCUUCGACUCGUACGGAGGCUUGCCUUCCUCAACCAGCUUGUACGGGGCCGAGGACCUUGCUGCACAGCAGAACUUCAUGCCCCGGUACUCCGACAGGAUGGCCACGGCAACCCUGAAUUCCAGUUUUCCCAGUGCCUACGACCCGUGGAACUCGUACAACCCCCAGCAGAACAACACCAUAGCUGCUCACGGCAUCGCGAACAGGAUGAAGACUCUGGGCGGCAGAGGUCGGCCCAGCUUACCUGGAAAUUGGAUGGGUGGUCCGAUGCCAGACAUGGCGCCAUUUCAAGGCAUGGGCAGUGCCGGGAUGUCUCAUCAGCUGCGUGGCAGUGAAAUCAUCGGCCCAGACAUGGACGAAGAGCUUAUUCCCACUGCCAUCGUCAUUAAGAAUAUCCCGUUUGCUGUCAAGAAGGAGCAGCUCGUGCAGCUGAUGACGGACAUGGGGCUCCCGCUUCCCUAUGCCUUCAACUAUCACUUUGACAACGGCAUCUUCAGGGGCCUUGCAUUCGCGAAUUUCACAACGGCCGAGGAGACGGCGGUCGUCAUCGAGGCGUUGAACCACUACGAGCUUUGCGGACGCAAGCUCCGCGUCGAGUACAAGAAGAUGCUGCCUCUCGCCGAACGUGAGCGUAUCGAGCGGGAGAAGCGGGAGCGUCGUGGUCAGCUCCAGGAGCAGCAUCAGCCGGUCGCACCUUCCCAGCUGCAGACGCAACCUUCGUUGAGCUCUCUCUCGUCCAACAUCCCGGCGACCUCGCCCUCGCCGCUCUCAGCUCGCAACUCGAAGCCCGGCAUGGACGCCUUCUCAGGCCAGACCUCUCAAGCCAUGUCUCUGCCAACCUAUGACCUGAACGAUCCCCAGGUCCUUGAGUUCUACAACCAGCUUUUCAUCUUCAAGAACGACACCUCCCGAGACACCAUUACCUUUCCGCCCACUUUGUCUCCGCAGGACCGCAGAAUCGUCCACACGUUGGCUCAUCAGUUGGGCUUGGCUCACGUCUCAAAGGGAACCGGUGACCAGCGCGCCGUUCACAUCUUCCGUGUUCACGAAGGCUCCAAUAUCAGCCCGCCAAUCCCGCAGAUGCCAACAAGCCAUCCAUCAGAUAGCCAACGUCGUGCUCUGAAUCGAGCAGCCACCACAGACUUCACUGAUGUUCGUGGCGAAGGGUUUUACGGUGGGCUUGGGCGCCAGUCCUCAGGCUUGCUGGGGUUUCCCGAUUCCCCGAUCGGAUUGACUGCCGCACAUAACCUGCGUGCUGCAAAGUCCUACGCGGACCUGCGCUCUUACACACCGUCACCCGUUCCUUCGACCGCUAGCUUUCCGGCGACCAUAGGCAACAAUUUCGCGCGAUUCGCGGACUAUGCGCACACUACGUCUGCGGCGUCAAACCCCAACCUGUCCGCAACGGCUGCGUCGAUGUCUAGUCGUGAGGAGAGCUUGUUGAUCAACGGGAUGAACAGCAUGACUGUUGGCAGUGGCUUCGGUCCGAGCGGUAGUCCUCGCAGCAUCCGCAGCGCCUGGGAUCGCGAAACGCCAGGCCCCAUUGGAGGACACAGAUCCUUCAGCAGCGCAGUUCUCGACGAACAGAACCGUGACCGCAAUCAGGCCGUCCCGUCGCGCCAGCCUCGAGGUCCGCUCCCAGAAAGAGGCACUGGUUUUGGCAGUCGGCGACAGAACGGGGGCCACAGCGGUCGCGGAUCUGAUGAACUGUCGUCGCAGUCCAACCUUGAGAUCACUGUCGAAUAAGCGAGCACAUGCCUUGGCAUCAAGGAGGUUGUCGCUCGCCAGGCUAUGCCCAUUCAAGGGAACUCAUUCGCAUCUUCACGAAGUUCACGAAGCAUGAAGCCAUGAAAGUAGAGACCGCAGGCUUUUAAGCCUGUUCUUAUAUCCAAUGCAUACCUGGGUAUUAUCAAAAGCAUACGAAGGAGAAGGUAUUUGGUUUAUGGAACACAAUUUCGCACCUCUCGACUUAUAUGCGUUGUAUUAUUGGUAUUUACUGCUAUUUUCUUGAUAUGAUUCUCGCCUUUCGCGAGAGAGUUUUAACUAGCUUUUCCAUCCUUGUUUUAUGGGCUACUUCGUUUAAAGCUGGCCUUUUUCGCAAGCCUCUCUCCAUUUAUCUCCGGGACGCACUGGGCAAGGCGCAGGAACAGCAAGGGCAUGUUGAUGGCGAACGCCUCGAAGAAGUGGCGGCACAACCGUUUCUUCGAAGCGGAAGCAGUUGAACCCAACAUCUCACGGCUCAAUGACGAAGUUCCAAUGACAUAAUACCACAAAGAGCUAGGUAGUCACUGCGGGCGACCGCGACGAUAUCCACGAACGACUCUUGUCACGACUCAAGUCUACGACUGUCUACGAUUCAAACUAAACCCUCUCCCUAAGCAUCUUCGUCGGUCCAUCGAUCGAUCACAAUCACCUCCAUUUUGGCGAAGAGUAACGAACGUGUGCCACACAUGAUGAUCUCUCUUCUUAGUUGCCAAAGAAUGCAUGGAACGGCCUGAGAAAUAACACUACAUGUUUUGCGGUUUACAACUCAAAUCCCCUCGCAACUCUUCUCCGCCAACCCCGACAGCGCCACCACCUUACCUCCCCUCCACCGAGCGUAUGUGGACGAACCAACAAAGAAGAUAUGGUCUGGCGCAAUCGAAUGCACGAAUUUGAACUUUUACUUUGCUGGAACCUUUUCUUUCUCUUCUCCUCCUUUCGGAGACGAGAACAAGGUAUAUACGGUUCUUUGUAUCUAUGCGCUCAUUCAUGAUAGUGGUUUACUUUGAGAAGGAAGAGCAUAUCUGUUUGCGUCGUCGAUUUGUUUCUGCUGCUGUUGGCUUUUGUAAUUGCGAGUACUUGCUUUUUUUUCAACCUUCAUCUCUACCACCUGUUGUCCUUCUGCCCACCUUUAUUUUCAACGUUAAAGCGCUGUUACUGGAGCAAAAAGAAGUCUUUGUAAUAUCGGGUUGUGCGUAUGGGAUACAUAUAGUACAUGGGCGGCGAGAAGGGCGGUCUCGCUUUAUGGGAUGGAAUUUCAAUCCUUCGUAAUUCAACUUAGGCAUUCGUUCGA